AAUUCCCACUAGUUUUGUUAAAGAUAACAAGUUAGCCAUUGAUCAAGUCUUGUCAUCACUUAUGCCAAGUUUCUCCAACUUCAUUGUUAAUUUUAACAAGAGUAAUAUGGAGAAAUCCUUGCCAAAGUUUUUAGCAAUGAUUCACCAAGCUAAGAGAGAUUUGAGGAAAGGGAAAUCCUCACAAGUACUCAUGAUAAGGCACCCUACAGGAUUUGUUAUGGAGAGUAACCCCAAGUUGACUUAUCUACAAAUUUGGAAUGUGAAGCUUUUGUCAAGAGCACAUCCAAGGAUAAGCUUGCAUCAAGAGGAACAAGUGCAUUUUCAUAGGGAUAGUGGAAGCAAGGUAGACUUGGAAGAAGUCAAGGAUGCUCCAGUAUUUCAAAGAUGCACAAGAGUUGGAACUAGAGCUAGUUCCAUGAGGGUUUGUGAUAUGAGAACGAAUUUGGAGAUGUCCGAUCAUGUGGAAAGUGAUAGAAAUAGCAUUGUGAUUAGGAAUGAUCCUAAUGAUGAUUUCAGCUUGAAUUUGUGAUAGUCCGGUAUUAAUUCUGAGGUGUUUUGAUUAGGUUCCUGAUCGUUUCGUCAGUUUAGCAUUGAGAUUGAGUGCUCGGUUUUAUGCGAGUGAGGUAAGUAAAUUUAUGGUAAUGCCCGUACUGUUUUAAAAGCAUGUUUUGAUUUGUUUUUGAAGUGGUGGCGGGACUAAACCCGUUUUACACGAGCAUGACUGAUUUGAAGUGAAAUGUUUUGUGCUUUUCAUGAAACUGAGCAUGCCUACUUGAAAUUUAAGUGAUUGUCCUAAUGAUUUGAAAGUGAUUGUGAAUUGUGAGUUUCCUGUUAACUUCUGCCUGUUUUGUCUCCGAUAUGGUCAUGUUAUUCGUGUGCCCGCUAGUGGGAGGUUUAUAAACGCUAGCACAUGUCGACAUGUUACUGAUAGAACCGGUUCGUUUCUGUAACCCUACUAGUGGGGGUUAAACACUAGUAAUUUUUGUAGCCCGCCAGUGGGAGGUUUAUAACACUGGCCGUGACCUAUAGAGGAGACGUCUAUUUCGUGCCCGUACUGUAUUUGUUUUCGUGAUUGUACUUGUUGGCAUGCUAUAAGUUUAAUUAAGGGCACUCCAUAUUUACUUACUGAGUUUAUCUCAUAGUUUUUCCUUGUCCACCAUUUCAGGAAGUGAAACGAGGACAGGGAAACCACGGGAAGUGACGAGUUAGAAGGCUAGCCAUAUUGUAAUUGGAUAUAAAUUUUAGAUAUGAAUCAUGAUCUUGUAUUUUGAGAUUUUAUGAUAUCAGAGUGAAUUUUAAAGAUUUGAUCUUCAGAUUUUGAUGGUAUCAGAGUGUGAAUUUGAUAAGUUCCGAGCCUUGUGCAUUUGUG